GACUGCAGCACUAAAAGAGUCUUUAGUCAAGAGUCUCCUGCCACUGGCGGGAAAAGUUUGCCUAUUAGCAUUAUUUUACUAAAGAUAUGAAAUACUUUAUUUUGUUAUAGAAAAUACCAACCGACUUUUUCAAACGAGGUAGCUUGAUAUUCUGACAUGUCCAAUCCGUUGAUCAAGGCUGUUGUGACUACUCUUAUUCAAGUGGUGCUAAUCUUCGAUCAUCACAACGUUCAAGCAGAAUUUAGUGACACUUGCGACAACUCCACCAGUUCACUCUCAUGCAUUCAUACAUAUGAGCAGCUUUAUCACAAUUUAACAAAGUCAGAUAACAGUUUUAACAUUGAGUCUGCCUUAUUUCCAGCCAAGAAACCCUCUUCUGUUCGUGUGUUUGUGAAUUUACAUGGUCCCAACAAAACAGGUUCACCCAUUGCAAGGUACACUUGGAGCGUAUCUUGUCUGUAUGUUGCUAUUCCUGAUGUCUUCCUGGAAAUUGUGUCACUCGGAUCAAUCCUUGUCAGACAUCGGACAAAAGAAUUGAACUUAACAAUUCCACAUUUCUGUUGCAAUGUGUCGAAAACAGAGGAUGAAAGAAAGAAGACGAUAAACGAUAUGAUUGAAAAUGUCCUCGCUGCGCUUCAAGAUCUGGCCUCUUCACCAGGAAUAAGGAAUCCAGAACUAAACAAUGCAGAGUGUGUUAUCGAGGGCCAUGGUACAGAUAUGCAAGCUACAGGAAGAAAUGUCGAAAUCAGAAUAAUGAUAUGGAGUUCUUUCUGCUCCACCUGUGCAGCUUUCGGUCCACUCUAUGACAUGGUAGUGGCAUAUAUGGUGUAUUUGAAGAGGCUUUUCAGCCAAAGAUCAGAGAGUAGGGAAGAAGCCCAAAUGACAAAUCUACGUGUCACUCUUCGAGCUCUUCUUCAAAGACGAAGUCAAGAUGCUGAACCGGGGCUUGAACCCCAGCUUUUAUUCAGUCAUUUCGAUGAGUCACCCAGUGAUCAUGAUCCCUCAUGGAUUUGGAAAGAAACCACUGUGUAA